AGAGACAGUGGAAAAAUGUUUAUUGGUGGUCUUAACUGGGACACCACAGAGGAUGGAAUGGUCGCUUACUUCUCGAAGUACGGAGAAAUUCUCGACUACACGAUCAUGAAGGAUUCGAAUACUGGUAGAUCUCGUGGUUUUGGGUUCUUGACCUUUAAGGACCCUCGUGCGGUUGAUGAAGUAAUCAAAAAAGAUCACAUUUUAGAUGGUAAACUAAUUGACCCAAAGAGGGCCAUUGCCAGAGAAGAGCAAGAUAAGAUUGGAAAGAUUUUUGUCGGAGGUAUCGAUCCCUUAGUUAAUGAAAAAGACUUCAACGAUUUUUUCUCUCAGUUUGGCCGUAUUAUUGAUGCCCAACUAAUGAUCGAUAAGGAUACCGGCAGAUCUAGGGGUUUCGGUUUUAUCACUUACGAUUCACCAGAGGCCGUAGAUAAGGUUUGUCUCAACAAAUAUUUGACCUUGAAGGGUAAGGCUAUGGAGGUCAAGCGAGCUGAGCCUCGC